UCAGCCUGGGCCGCCGCCCCCUCUGCCUCUGCAGGCUCCCGGGGACAGGUGUUCCCUUCUGCACCGCGCUGCCGCCGCAGCAGCUGCUCCGGGUAAAGCCUCAGACCUGUGACCCGCUGGCACCAAAAAUCCUGCCGAAAUGUUGUGGAAAGUCCCCCAGCUGUUGAGGAAAUUCUCCACCACGGCCACAGCUUAUCAGCGUAAGAUAAAGCUAGCUCUGAUAGGUCAGAGUAUUUUUGGUCAAGAAGUCUAUAGAAACCUGAAGAAAGAAGGACAUAAAGUUGUGGGAGUGUUCACCAUUCCAGAUGUGAAUGGGAAAGCUGACCCUUUGGCGCUGGCAGCAGAGAAAGAUGGCACACCUGUUUUUAAGUUCCCCAGAUGGAGAGUUAAGGGCAAGCCUAUCCAGGAAGUAGUUGACGCCUACAGAUCUGUUGGAGCCGAUCUAAAUGUACUUCCAUUCUGUACACAGUUCAUCCCCAUGGAUGUUAUUGACUGUCCAAAGCAUGGAUCAAUUAUCUACCAUCCAUCCAUUCUUCCUCGCCAUAGAGGAGCAUCAGCUAUCAAUUGGACUUUAAUUCAAGGAGAUAAAAAAGCAGGAUUUACUAUUUUCUGGGCUGAUGAAGGUCUGGACACUGGACCAAUUCUUCUGCAACGGGAAUGUGAUAUAGGACAGAACGAUACUGUGGAUGACUUGUAUAAUCGUUUUCUUUUCCCAGAAGGCAUAAAAGCUAUGGUAGAAGCUGUCCAGCUAAUUGCUAACGGUAGAGCUCCUCAGAUACCCCAGCCUGAAGAAGGAGCAACAUAUGAAGGGAUCCAGAAGAAAGAAAAUGCCCAGAUUUCUUGGGAUCAACCUGCAGAAGCUUUACAUAACUGGAUCCGAGGUCAUGAUAAAGUACCUGGAGCUUGGACAAUGAUUGAUGGACAGAUGGUUACUUUCUAUGGGUCAUCAUUACUUGAUGGAGCAGUGCCUCCUGGACAAUCCUUGGAAAUAAAAGGCCCCACAAAACCUGGGCUUAUAACCAAAAAUGGCCUAGUUCUUUUUGGUAAUGAUGGGAAGAUGUUGCUGGUGAGAAAUCUACAAUUUGAGGAUGGAAAAAUGAUCCCUGCAUCUAAAUACUUUUCAGCUGAUGAGAUGUCUGUCAUAGAACUUACAGAAGAGGAGAAAAUUAUGGCAGAAGAUAUCAAGUCCAUUUGGAAGGGAAUUUUGAGUAAUGUGGCUGUAAUUGAGGAUUCUACAGACUUCUUCAAAUCUGGAGCAUCCUCGAUGCAUGUUGUCAGAAUGAUUGAAGAGAUCAAACAAAAAUACAGUGGACUUCAGCUGCAGAAUGAAGAUGUGUAUAUGGCCACUAAGUUUGCAGACUUUAUUCAGAUGGCUGUGAGGAAGCUGAGGGGAGAGGACAAAGAAGAAGAGUUAGUCAUAGAUUAUAUUUCAAAAAAUGUUAACAAUAUGACUGUGAAGAUGCCUUACCAGUGUUUUAUAAAUGGACAAUUUAUGAAUGCUGAAGAUGGAAAAACGUAUGACACUAUAAACCCGACAGAUGGAUCAAUAAUAGCCAAGGUAUCUUAUGCUUCCGUGGCUGAUGUUGACAAGGCAGUAGCUGCAGCAAAAGAUGCAUUUGAAAAUGUUGCCAUGCUUUGUAAGUUAGAUAUAGUUGGAGGUGUCAUUUUCCAGUGUUGUUAUUUUUGGAUUCUCAUUUGUUGUGUUUUAAUUAAAAGACUGGCAGACCUGAUGGAAGAACACCAAGAGGAAUUAGCAACAAUUGAGGCCAUUGACUCAGGAGCUGUCUACACCUUAGCUUUGAAGACCCAUGUUGGAAUGUCAGUGCAAACAUUCAGAUACUUUGCUGGAUGGUGUGACAAAAUUCAGGGUUCUACAAUCCCAAUUAGCCAUGCACGCCCGAAUCAUAACCUAACAUUCACCAAGAAGGAACCCAUAGGUGUCUGUGCAAUUGUUAUCCCCUGGAAUUACCCGCUGAUGAUGCUUGCAUGGAAGAGCGCAGCAUGCUUGGCUGCAGGCAACACAUUAGUUCUCAAACCAGCCCAGGUCACUCCAUUGACUGCCUUAAAGUUUGCAGAGCUCUCAGCUAAAGCAGGAUUUCCUAAAGGUGUUAUAAAUAUUCUGCCUGGCUCAGGUGGUUUAGUUGGACAGCACUUGUCUGAACACCCAGAUAUUCGCAAACUUGGAUUCACUGGUUCAACUCUUAUUGGUAAACAAAUCAUGAAGAGCUGUGCAGUCAGCAAUCUGAAGAAAGUGUCCCUUGAACUUGGUGGUAAAUCCCCAUUGAUCAUUUUUGAGGACUGUGAACUCGACAAAGCUGUGAGAAUGGGGAUGGGAGCAGUAUACUUCAACAAGGGAGAAAACUGUAUUGCAGCUGGCAGACUGUUUGUGGAAGAAUCAAUUCAUGAUGAAUUUGUUGGGAGAGUGGUAGAAGAAAUAAAAAAGAUGAAAAUUGGUGACCCACUCGACAGAGCCACAGAUCAUGGUCCACAGAAUCACAAGGCUCAUCUGGAAAAGCUGCUGGAAUAUUGUGAAAUUGGAGUAAAAGAAGGAGCAACAUUAGUGUAUGGAGGAAGACAAGUAUGUAGACCAGGUUUCUUCAUGGAACCCACUGUAUUUACAGACGUUGAAGACCAUAUGUACCUUGCCCAGGAAGAAUCCUUUGGUCCUAUUAUGGUAAUUUCAAAGUUUAAGAAUGGGGAUGUCGAUGGAGUGUUAAAACGUGCAAACAACACAGAAUAUGGCUUAGCUUCAGGAGUUUUCACAAAAGACCUAAGCAAAGCUUUGUACGUUAGUGAAAAGCUAGAAGCAGGAACAGUUUUCAUUAACACAUAUAACAAAACGGAUGUGGCAGCACCAUUUGGUGGAUUCAAACAAUCUGGCUUUGGAAAAGAUUUAGGUGAAGAAGCUCUUCAUGAAUACCUCAGAACUAAAGCUGUAACUGUGGAGUAUUAAGGAAACAGCUCAGCCUAUCAAAGCAAACCUCAUACUGACAGCCUCAAUUUUAAGUACUCUGUUAAGCACUUAAUACCCAGGAUAUACUGUCUGAAGUAGUACCACUAACAAAAAGCAAAUAGUAUUUACCCAUGGAAAAUUGUAAGGACCAAAUUCUAGCCCCAUUGUCUCAAGGAGUUUGGCUACUUACUUUAGUGGAACUAGGAUUUGGUCUUAUCGAAACACCCAUAUAUCUAAAUCUUCAUGCAAUGGGAGUUUGCUUACAUAAGACUGAAGGAAUGGGCCCCCAUGAUGUGCCUACAUUUUGUAUUAAUGAGAUGUAUUUUACAUGAUCAUUUUAAACCUUUUAGUCAUUAAGCUUCUCUUAAAACUGUACUUUCAAGUGGGCAUAGUUUUGUUAUAAAACAGUUCAAGUUUUUCAAUGGAUGUAUACAGCUGAUGACUUUUCAGCAGUAUAGGAGACCUUAGUGCCAUAAAACAUUGUAAAUAAAAUUCAAGAAAGUGCACUUAAUAUGAUCUUUGUAGUCUAUACAAAGCUCAACAUUUGUCAAACUAUGCAUAUGAAGCUGAAGUUACUGAAAAUAUUUUCUCUUUUUGUGAAUAUGGAAUGUGCAAUCUCUAUGGGAUUGUGAAUGAUAGUUAUAUUAAAAGAUGAAACCAGCUGUGGCUGUGUA